AAUUAACCAUUACUAUAUACCCCAUACGACGACUUCAUGCCGAGAACCCGAGUCAUAUCACGAACCUCCGGCAUCGUCGGCCAAUACUAAGUCACACCACUCGAGCGUAUGCGCGCAUCCGUUACCUUCAGUUUACGCACUCGCAACAAGCGGUGCUCAACGUAAUUGACUGAAUUAUUCCGGAGAUUGUGCAAAACACAUACUAAAUAGUCAAAAUGACGAGCGCGGCCCAACCUACCAAGAAGGAUAGCCAGCAGAUAGUGAUGAUAGACGAGGAAGAUGGACGCGAGGAAGCAACCGAAACAAGUCCGCUGGUCGGCACAGGUAGUUCAGAUGAUGGAUCAGAAAGUGGUGAUAAUAGAAAGAGACAGGAAAGUUGGAUAGGUUACGAAGAUUUUGUUGAUUCCCCGUGGUAUCGGAGACCCUCGGUUUAUUGGCUUCUUGGGCCAUAUUUCCUGUUCACACUUGCAUUUGGCGGCAUCAUUGUGCCAAAGCUCAACUUAAUUGUCGACUUAGUGUGUCGCAAUUAUUUCAGCGAACGCCAGUUGAUUGAUCCGAAUUUCAAAUAUGCGCCAAUAAUCAUGGGCGCCGACAAUCCUCAAUGUAACGAUAUACCUGCAGUUCAGAAGAGUGUUGCGACCUUUACUCUAGUUAUAAGCGCACUCACCGGGGCUCUGAGUGCUUUCACGGCACCAAAGCUAGGAGCAAUGUCUGAUCGAUAUGGUCGAAAACGCCUCAUGGUGAUAUCAUCAUGUGGUGGUCUGGUUAAUGAAUUCAUCACCAUACUAGCCGCGAAAUACCCCGAAACAGUGAACUACCACUGGUUAAUCCUGGGUGCUCUCUUUGAUGGCAUUACUGGCUCCUUCACAGCGGGCAGUAUACUGGGUAACUCGUAUACGAGUGACUGCGCUCCUCCGUCUAAACGUGGCGUACAUAUCGGCUAUCUUCACGCAUGUCUGUUUACUGGGUUAGCUUUUGGUCCUCUUCUUGCCGGAUACUUCGUCAAAUGGACUGGAUCGUUGGUAUCGAUAUUCUACGUGGUUCUUGGCUGCCACGCCGUCGUUAUCCUGUUCUUUUGGUUCUGUUUGCCGGAAUCGAUAUCUAAGAAACGUCAAAUGGCGGCACGCGAAAAGCACCGAGAAGAAAACGAAGCCACGGCCGUGCAGCUGAGAUCAGGACUUCCCGGUUCAGUCGAGAACUUUGUCGGACCGCGGGUCGCUUCAUUCCUGGAUGAUCAUAUGGGAACUUGGUUACCAGUAGUUCUAAGCGCGAAUCCACUGGCGCCUCUUAAAAUACUCAUCCCAAGUGGGAGAAACAAUGGCCCCUUGCGACGGAACCUAAUCCUCCUUGCCCUUAUCGAUACGAUGAUAUUAUCUUCGGCAAUGGGCGCGGGUACCGUCAUUGUGCUAUAUUCCGAGUACAUAUUCAAAUGGGGAACCCUUGAAGCCUCUAGGUUUGUAUCGAUCGUUAGUAUGGUACGUGUUGUUAUUCUCCUCUGCAUUCUACCCGUCAUCAAUUACAUCUUCCGUGUACGGCCGUUACGGCGUCAAAGACGUGAAAGUGGUGACACGAACGUGGUUGAGACGAACUCCGGCGCCGAUAACCUAGAUGUGUGGCUGCUGCGGAUUGCGCUCCUCAGUGAUGCCGCGGGUACAGUUGGUUACAUCUUCGUCCGUCAAGAACAGCUAUUCGUACUGUGUGGUCUGGGAACAGCUUUCGGUGGCUUGGCUGGUGCGACCAUCCAAAGCGCCAUCACGAAACAUGUUCCGGCUCAGCGUGUGGGAUCCCUACUGGGGGCCAUCGGCCUGCUGCACGCACUUGGACGAGUUAUUGCUCCUGCCCUUUUUAAUGGACUGUACGCCCUCACGGUAGAGACAUUUCCUCAAGCGUUUUUCGUCCUAUUAGCUUCCCUAUUUGGACUGGCUGUCCUUGGAAGUUUCUUCGUUAGACCGCAUCUCCAUAUCAAGGAUGACGGUUAUAUCGCAGUGCCCGUGCGAGAUCCGGGUGAUAACCGAGAUUUAGGUAUUAUGUCCGACGAAGAGGUCCAGAGCGAGACCUUACCACGGCUUUAGAAGAGGCUUCCGAUCAAGGGGGCUUCACAUUUAAGAAAUAUGAUAAUUAUACAUAAACUUGAUAUAUGCGAUACUAUUGAUACUUUAAGUCGUCUUGUCUGCUGCUAAUAUGUUCACUCCAAGAAUUUGCGCACGGAUUUCCAGCAGGAAGCGGUGUACGCUUUGAUUGACACAUGCGUAUGACAGGUGGUAGGACUAUCUUACAGCUGACGGCUUCCCUUGCUUAACCAACCCCUCCACCAUUAGCUCCCUUUAUCUCAACCAGUACAUUGCUUUUAUACUAAUCCUACAGGUACACUACAUGUAUUCAUAGCCUUUGAACGUUACCGACCAAUUAUAGCGGCCCCCAAAGCAUACCACGUCAGCUUUGUAGUGAUUUAUUUCAGUCAUUCCGGCCAAUCAAUAUUACUGUGUAACCGCUAAUCGUACCAUGAACAGAAGUAAUCACAGAUUUAUAAGCAAGAUGAAAAAUAAUAAGCAAA